UAGAAGAUGAGAAGAGGCAGAGCCCCCAUGCCCGUAGGUAGACUCUUCAACCCAUUGCGAGUUGCAAGCAAGUAUAGGAGAUGAGCAAACCACCACCGAAUGCCAAAGGAGAUCUGAAAAAGGGAACUGAGGGUUGUUCAUGCGAUCAGGAAGAUCCCAAUGACUGUCGAGCAACCGACAUCGCCGAGAGGGAGACGGUAGCUGGAAGAGCCCUGACCGGGUCUGAUAGGAGUUCAAUGAAUGAUUCGGGCAAGCUUGCCAUAGGGAUUGUGCAACAGCGAUUGGCAUAUCACCGGGACGAGAGCUUUGCGAGAAGGCAACAAUCAGAAGAGGACCAGAAAAAGCACAAAACAGAGGAGGCCACAGCCAAUGUGAGCACUACUACUCAGGAUUCCAGCAAAGUGGCUAUUGGGAUUGUACAGCAGCGAGUAGCAUAUCACCGGGAUGAAAGCUUUGCGAAAAGGCUACAAUCAGAAGAAAAACACAAAAAGCUUGCUCAAUAUCAAUUGGAGGAGGAGGCUACUGCCAAUUUUACUUCUACCAGUGGGGAAUACAGCGAGGAGCUGUUUCAGUCAGAGAGAGCAGCAGGGGAUUGUUCAGAAUCAGAUGCAGAACUUAUCCGGAGAGUGACCUCUUGCUCUAUCGCAGAUGUGCCUGGAGCAUUUUCAGUGGAUGGGAUUGGCGGCAGCGAGAACACGGAUACAACCAUAGGCGAUACCCAUGGUGGUAUUGCCACCAGCGGACAGGAUCCGGAGCAGCAAGGACACGAAAACCCGCUACUUGAAACGCCUAUAAUCGCUUCUCUAGUCAGGUCACAGACUGAGUCCGAGCAGCAGGAUCUCCAAGCACAGCUGUGUCUUGAAGAAGCUUUGGAAGUGGUAUCGGUGGCAUCUUCCAAGAGAACAGCGGUGGCACCGAGUCGACUCUAUGUUUGGAUGUGGUUGAUAUUGUGUCUGAUUUUGGCAGUGGCUGCGUUUGUUGCUGUGGUGGUUUUAUCGACCAACAAGAAAGAGGAACCACCAGACGACAGUCAAAGCGAUAAUAGCAAUGCUACCACUGUACCAAUUCAAACGGAGUCCGCUGAUACCAGCGAUAAUCUGCAGGUGCCUCUGGUUCUUGAGGACUAUCCACCGUGGACCAUCCGGGCGAUGCAACGGAAUCCCACUGGCCCGCAAGCAAUGGCCAACGCUUGGCUGUACAACGACCCAAACCUGGAUUCGUAUCCCCGAUGGAGAAAGUACCAACGAUUUGCUCUGGGAGUCAAAUUCUUUGCCCUGGAUGGCCCCAACUGGUUACGAAAUGACCAUUGGAUGAGCUAUGGCAUACAUGAGUGUGCAUGGUAUACUUCUAGCGAGGAACCAGACAUAAUCUGCAACGAAGAUGGCCACAUGCGCAUUGAGGAUUUGCGACGUAACAACCUAGGCGGGUCAUCUCUUCCUCGAGAGGCCUUCAUGUGCCCCUUUAUCGUAUAUUUCGACCACUCCCACAACAACGUCCACGGCCAAUUCCCUCCAUUGGCGUCUUCCAGCAUCAUUGAGGUGUUUCGUUGGUCCAACAACAGCCUGGAUGGUCCUUUGGUUGUAGAGCAAGGUUUCGAAGUCACCAGCUUGCGCAUUAUUGAGAUUGACGGAAACAACUUUGUUGGCCCGUUUUACUUGCCCGCCUUUCCCGCUUUGGAGAUCCUUAAUAUUUCAGGCAACAGUUUUGAUGGUACGAUAGCAAACAGAGGGAUGGAAGUAUUGUCCGAGCUGCAAAUCAUGGAUCUUUCAGAGAAUGCAUUUUCAGGAACCCUUCCAUCCGAGAUAGGUCAUCUUUCCUCUCUGGGGGCUCUGGACUUGUCGGGAAAUGAGCGGCUCAGCGGAAGGUUACCGAACGAACUGGAAGAGAUCCAUAGCUUAACCUUUCUGGAUAUUUCCGACACUGGCAUUUCGGGUGAGAUUCCAGCAGAUCUUUGUACGGGCAACAGCACUGGGGCUCAGACUAUACUAGCAGAAUGCAGCACGACGCUAGAGUGUUGUAGAUGAUAGCGAAUCGAAUCAUAAAACUAUUUUGGUAGGAGUCAGC